AUGCCCUUUCUCACAGUAGCAGUCGCCCAAUCCCGCACACACGAAUCCCUACCCGAAACCCUCCGCGCUCUCGAACGAACAACCGCCCUCGCCGCCCGCCGCGGCGUCCACCUCCUCCUCUUCCCAGAAGCCUAUCUAGGCGGAUACCCGCGGACAUGCACCUUCGGCUCCGCAGUGGGAAGUCGACACCCGCGCGGCCGGGACCAAUUCCUCGCCUACUUCAAGGCAGCCGUUGAUCUAGGCGAUACGCCCGCCGGAGCCGGCGAUGAGUGGAUUGGACGCAGGCUCGAGAUCGCGGAGGGGAAGAGGUUCCGGGGUGACGGGACGAGGGAAUUCCUUGAACGUGUUGCGAGGGAAACUGGCGUUUUCUUCGUUACGGGGUUGGUGGAGAGAGCGGGUGGUAGUUUGUAUUGUGCUGUUGUUUAUGUUGAUCCUGUUAGAGGUGUUUUGGGGAAGAGGAGGAAGGUUAUGCCGACGGCCGCCGAACGCAUGAUUUGGGCUCAGGGUUCGGCCUCAACCCUCCGCGCAGUCACAACAACCCUAAACGGUAUCCCACUAACCAUAGCAUCGGCAAUCUGCUGGGAAAACUACAUGCCCCUCCUACGACAGAGUCUCUACUCCCAGAAUGUGAAUAUCUAUCUCGCUCCCACAGCCGAUGCCCGCGAUACCUGGCUCUCGCUCAUGCGCACCGUCGGCAUAGAAGGCCGGUGCUUCGUGCUCUCGGCGAACCAGUGUGUGCGUCCCUCCGAGCUACCGGAGUGGAUUACCCGUGCAAGCCCAACUCGGAACUUAAAUUCAAACACACGCACAGCUCCAGAUCCGAAAACCACGCAGAAUCCAAGAAAACUUUCCAUCACUUCUGAGGGUCCGCAUGAGAUUGUCUGGCCGCAGACUCACGGUGAGGCACAGGGGGCGACACAGGGCCAGGGGAGUUCCUCGUCAAAUAAUAAGCAGUCUGUAGCUACUUCAGACUCGGAACUGGAAUAUGUUUGUCGUGGGGGAAGUUGUAUUGUCUCCCCGCUUGGAGAGGUUCUUGCCGGGCCGUUGUGGGAAGUUUGUACGGAUGACGUGCCGGAUAGUAGCGAUGCUGCCGUGACUGAUUCCACGCCUGGAACUUCAGCUACUGAGUCUCGGUCUGUUGUUGCGGCGGGUGAUGGGUUGGCUAUUGCGCGUAUUGAUUUGGAUGAUUGUGAGCGUGGACGACUUGAUCUUGAUGUUGCUGGGAGUUAUUCACGGAGUGAUGCGUUUAAAUUUGAGGUUGAGGGGUUGGAUUUGGUGCCGCCGCCUUUGUAG